AGGUCAUUGGAUGGGAACGGAGCUGUGCGCAUGCGCAGCGAGCACAGCAACACUGUCGGGGGCCCGCAGAGGAGGCGAGGCAGGGCGGCAACGUGAACGCGCAUUGACGGCCACCGGAGACGAUUCAUCAUCCAGACAGACGAGCAGGAGACAUGGGCACUGUGUUCCUGCCGGCGGAGGCGGCCCACUCCGUGCUGCGGCGGCUGCGCCGGGCCAACUUCCUGCUGGAGGAGAUGAAGCAGGGCAACAUCCAGAGGGAGUGCAGGGAGGAGGUGUGCACCUACGAGGAGGCCCGCGAGGCCUUCGAGAACGACGAGAAGACGAGGCGUUUCUGGGAGGAGUACGUGCGUGAGAGCAGUCCUUCAGGUGGUCUGGAGUCGGUAGUGGGCGGAGUCAACUCUCUCUACCUGAUCGUGCCGCUGCUGACGGUGGUGUUCAUCAUCGCCGCUGUGGCCGUCACCAUGUGGCGCUGUCACUCCCGCAAGCCCUCACAGCGCAGCCCCGCCCUGGGUCACGCUCACCACGACCACGUCCUGUCCGUGGUCUCCAUGGACCAUUGGGGGCGGGACUAUCCCCACGGCGACCACUCAGAACUCAGUAGCCCCGCCUACCCUGGCUCGGCGGUCACGUCGGGGCGAGGGAGCGACCCCCCGCCGUCCUACGAGGAGGCCGUGGGCCAUGCGGACGUCCACAUCGAGACGGAGCCGCCGCCGCAGUACGAGGACAUCAUGGUCAACCCAGUGAAGUAGUCAUCGUCUCAAUGAACUAUCUUUGUGGCCACUGAACCAGGAAGAUCAUGUGACUGCAGGUCAGUGCCAAGUUGUUCAUAUCGUCAUGGUAACCUUUUACAGCUGGGAAUGACAAGACUGUCACAAUGUCGAUGUGCUGACGUCUCAUUUGCAUAAUCAGUGAGGACUUUCUAGCUGUCAAUCAUCAUAAGUUAUAGAGCAGGUUUUAGAUGCCUGUACAGACAGUCCCAUCAUAAUGUGUCGAAAAGAAAAAAAAGUGGACAGACAAAUGAAACAAGAAGUUGCCUAAGAAGAGAUAUUGAAGGUAAAAAUGAACAUUUAUUACAUGAUUAGAAGUAAAGUACAUUUAAAAGCACUUAUUUUCUUGAUUUUACUCAAGCUGCUGCACCUCCCAUGUACUCCUACUGCUGUCACUUAUUGAAGCAGCUUUAAUAUAAUAUAAUAUAAUAUAAUAUAAUAUAAAUGUGUGUGUGUGUCCUUGUCAUUUCCAGCUGCAAGAGCAGUGUAAUGUCAGGAUAAAAGUUGUUGUGAAGCUUAAGCAGCAGCAGCAGUUUCAGGUGAAACUUUUCUCCUUUUUCUAACUUCUUGUCUUCAACUGUGAAAAAGUUCCCACGCCACAGAGGUGAUGCAAUACUUGCUGUGUGGAAGGAAAAUGGGACUAGAAGCAAUAGGAAGACUUUGUGUUGGAUGCAACAAUGCAUGUGUGUUUACUCUUCAUUACGGACUCUAACCUCACAGCACUUUUGUCUUCUUUUACUUUGAAAGGAGAAUUUUGAAGGAAUGGACUUGAAUGUCAUAAAAUAGAAAUAUAAUUUGCUGAAGGAAUUAAUUUCAUUUUAAAUUGCUCUUCUGAAGGAGUGGUGUGUAUUUACAUUUAUUAGGGCUGGCAUCACUAAUGACUAUUAGCUUGAUUAAGAAAAUGAAAUGUUUGAGUAAAAUGCCAGUCAUUGAUUUGCUGAGAGUAAGAAUGAAUGCACAUUUUGCAUCAAUCUAGCAAACGAGGCACAGAAAGUAAACAACUUGGCAACAUUUACUCUUCAAACAAGAUUAUUCACCUUUUUAGAUGACAUUGUUCCUUUUUUGGUACACAGCAGUCAUCUGAUUACCAGCCUAACUGGAAUAAAAAUGCAAGAUGUCAUUCUGAUUAUUUACACUUCUUCUCAAGUUUGGGUGUAAAUUGUCCUUUACCGUAUUUUUCAGACUAUAAGUCGGGAACGUUUUCUUCAUAGUUUGCAACUUAUACUCAGGAGCAACUUAUGUGUGAAAUAAUUAACACAUUACCGUAAAAUAUCAAAUAAUAUUAUCAUGUUCUAUAUGUUAUAGUUAUUUGAAUGACUCUUACCAUAAUAUGUUAGGUUAACAUAGCAGUUGGUUAUUUAUGCCUCAUAUAAAGUACACUUAUUCAGCCUGUUGUUCACUAUUCUUUAUUUAUUUUAAAUUGCCUUUCAAAUUUCUAUUCUUGGUGUUGGGUUUUAGCAAAUAAAUUUCCCCCCAAAAAUGCGACUUAUACUCCAGUGCGACUUAUAUAUGUUUCUUUCCUUCUUUAUUAUGUAUUUUUGGCAGGUGCAACUUAUACUCCGAAAAAUACUGUAACUAAUUAGAUGACCAUAGUAACUAGUUAGAUGACCAUAGUAACUAAUAGAUGACCAUAGUAACUAAUUAGAUGACCAUAGUAACUAGUUAGAUGACCAUAGUAACUAAUAGAUGACCAUAGUAACUAAUGAGAUGACCAUAGUAACUAAUAGAUGACCAUAGUAACUAAUUAGACCAUAGUAACUAAUAGAUGACCAUAGUAACUAAUGAGAUGACCAUAGUAACUAAUUAGAUGACCAUAGAAACUAGUUAGAUGACCAUAGUAACUAAUGAGAUGACCAUAGUAACUAAUGAGAUGACCAUAGUAACUAGUUAGAUGACCAUAGUAACUAGUUAGAUGACUAUAGUAACUAAUAGAUGACCAUAGUAACUAAUGAGAUGACCAUAGUAACUAGUUAGAUGACCAUAGUAACUAAUAGAUGACCAUAGUAACUAGUGGGAUGACCAUAGUAACUAAUUAGAUGACCAUAGUAACUAAUAGAUGACAAUAGUAACUAAUGAGAUGACCAUAGUCAUGACUAUAGUAACUAGUAUAUCAUGCAGAUUCCAACCAUUGAAAUACUUAUUAUAGUUGAAGACUUACAACAGGGGUAGGGAACCUAUGGCUCUAGAGCCAGAUGUGGCUCUUUUGAUGACUGAGUCUGGCUCUCAGAUAAAUCUUAGCUGACAUUGCUUAACACAAUAAAUAAUAAAUAAUUCCGCUGGUAAUCAGAGUGUCAAAAAUAACGUUCAAAAUAUAAAACAUUCUCAUGCAUUUUCAUCCAUCUGGUUUCUACCGCACCUGUUCAAGAAGUCUCAUUAAUGGUAAAAAGUGUUUUUUUUUUUAAAUUGUUGGUUAGCCUCAGAGUAACAAUGUUAUUAAAAAGAAUAAGACUUAUUAUACUCUAAAAAUGUUGGUCUUUCUUAAAAAUGCACCCAUAUAGUUGAAUUCAGUGUUAAAAAAAAAAAAAAUAUGGCUCUCACGGAAAUACUUUUAAAAAUAUUUGGCUUGUGUGGCUCUCUCAGCCAAAAAGGUUCCUGAACCCCGACUUAGAGGGUGAUAUGAAAACAUGAGUGCACAUCAUAAAGGCAGCUCCACUUUCCAUCUUAAAGAUCUAAUACAAUGAUAUAGCAAUGUCCGGCGGGCCAGAUUGAAAAUCUUAAGGGGCCGCAUGUGGCCCCCAGGCUUUAAUUUGUCCAAGUCUGGUCUGGAGUGUCAUGUGGUGAUAAAAAGAGGGAUCUAGUUGUUUAUAAGGAAAUCAAUAUUCACACGUGUAGAUAUUACCAGCCCUAAUAUUUAUAAAUACAUAGUCAGUAUACAUAUAUAUAUAUAUACACAUACAUAUAUAUACCGUAAUAUGUGUAUAUAUGCAUACAUACAUGUGCAUGUAUACAUUCAUAUAUGUGUGUAUAUAUGUACAUAUGAGUAUAUACUGUAUAUAUGUAUGUAUACAUACACACAUAUACAUAUAUACACAUAAAUACAUACAUAUAUAUAUAUAUAUAUAUAUAUACAUACAUAUAUACACACACACAUGUGUGUGUGUGUACAUGGCAGUGAGUACAAGCCAUAGAAAGUGUAAUACUUUGUGUAAAACAUUGCUAACAUAUUUUACUUCACGCCAGCACUGUUAUUUUGUUUUGUGUUUGUUAGUUGACCUUUGAAUUUCAACACUCACGACAGGAAGUGGGUUGUUGGCAGCCAUUUUCACACAGGGAUGCCUUAGCCAAGACACAAUGUAUAUAGGAGAUUAUUAUAAAUGCACAGGAAACUUGUAAUAAUUCCUUAUUAAUAUGCAGCUUGGAUGUGUUUGUAAUAAAGUCUGCUAAAUGUC